GGCGACAGAAAAAAAAAGCCCAGGACGACGAAAAAAAGAUCCCGCGGCGGGUCUAUAAAGACGGCCGCCGUCGCCGGCUCUUUCGCCCAGCACUUCCCCGUCAACCCUCAUCGAAAAUGGUCUACAAAGUUGCUGACAUCACCCUCGCUGACUUUGGUCGCAAGGAAAUCGAGAUCGCCGAGGCUGAGAUGCCCGGUCUCAUGUCCCUCCGCCAGAAGUACGGCCCCUCCCAGCCCCUCAAGGGAGCCCGUAUCUGCGGUUGCCUCCACAUGACCAUCCAGACUGCUGUCCUCAUCGAGACCCUGACCGCCCUCGGCGCCGAAGUCACCUGGUCCAGCUGCAACAUCUUCUCGACCCAGGACCACGCCGCUGCCGCCAUUGCCGCCACCGGUGUCCCCGUCUUUGCCUGGAAGGGUGAGACCGAUGAGGAGUACGAGUGGUGCAUCAAGCAGACCAUCCUGGGCUUCAAGGAUGGCCAGCCCCUCAACAUGAUCCUCGACGACGGCGGUGAUCUCACCGGCAUCGUCCACAAGGAGUACCCCCACCUCCUCAGCGGCAUCCGCGGUGUCUCCGAGGAGACCACCACCGGUGUCCACAACCUGUACAAGAUGCUCAAGGAUGGCGCCCUCAAGAUCCCCGCCAUCAACGUCAACGACUCGGUCACCAAGUCCAAGUUCGACAACCUGUACGGCUGCCGCGAGUCGCUCAUCGACGGUAUCAAGCGUGCCACCGAUGUCAUGAUUGCCGGCAAGGUCUCCGUCGUCGCCGGCUACGGUGAUGUCGGCAAGGGCUGCGCCUUUGCCCUCAAGGGUAUGGGCUCUCGUGUCAUUGUUACCGAGAUCGACCCCAUCAACGCCCUCCAGGCCGCCAUGGAAGGCUUCGAGGUCACCACCAUGGAGGAGGCCGUCAAGGAGGCUAACAUCUUUGUUACCACCACCGGCUGCCGUGACAUCAUCACCGGUGCCCACUUUGAGCACAUGAAGGACGAUGCCAUCGUCUGCAACAUUGGCCACUUUGACAUUGAGAUCGAUGUCGCCUGGCUCAAGGCCAACGCCCAGUCCAAGGUCAACAUCAAGCCCCAGGUUGAUCGCUACCUCAUGAAGAACGGCCGCCACAUCAUCCUCCUCGCUGAGGGCCGUCUCGUCAACCUCGGCUGCGCCACCGGCCACCCUUCGUUCGUCAUGUCCAACUCGUUCACCAACCAGGUCCUCGCCCAGAUUGCUCUCUGGACCGACACCCAGGCCUACCCUCUUGGUGUCCACCUGCUCCCCAAGAAGCUCGACGAGGAGGUCGCCGCCGCCCACCUCGACAAGCUCGGCGUCAAGCUCACCAAGCUCAGCAACGUCCAGCAGAACUACCUCGGUGUCCCCGUCGAUGGCCCCUACAAGCCCGAGCACUACCGCUACUAAGCGGCUCUUUUCCGCCUCUUCAUCCCAUGGUUUUGUAAUCUGUAAAUAUACGACCAGCGCCGUCUCCUGAGACCGCAGGAGUGGCCGCACCCAAAA